AUGAAACAAUGGCACGCUAAGCCGCAUAUUGCGUCGGUGGGGUCUUGCUGUUUGACCGGAGUGAUCUACAAUGGACCGCUAUAUAUCGCUAAUGUCAGUGAUUCAAGAGUAGUUUUAGGCAGAUCUGGAAGAGGAACAAAGGGUGUUAAAGCCCUGCAGUUAUCCAUGGUACUUAAUGCUAGCGUAGAUAAUGUAAGAGAAGAGCAUCGCACAUUCCAUCCCAAUGAUCCAAAAAUUAUUGUGAUGAAACACAAAGUUUGGCGUGGCAAGGGCUUGAUACAGAUCUCUAGAUCCUUCGAUGAUGCAUAUUUAAAGAAGAAAGAGUUCAACAAAGAGCCUCUCCUGCCUAAGUUCAGAUUGUCUGAACCAUUGCAAAAGUCGAUCCUUAGUGUCGAGCCAUCGCUGUUAGUACACAAACUGCACCCUGUUGAUCAAUUUCUCAUAUUUGCUUCUGAUGGUCUGUGGGAGCACCUUAGCAGCCAGGAGGCUGUUGAACUUGUCCAGAAUAGCCCACGAUAUGUAAGUUUCCAGAUAGCAAAUGCAAAAAUCGGUUGA